UAACUACAAAAGUUAUCUGCAUUUGAUAUUAAGUUAACCUCAUUCAAAAUAAAUUGUUUACUGUACAGAGGCAAUAUUUUUUUUAACCAGUAGCAUAAGAAAAGAAUGUUAAUGAAAUCCCAAACAGAAUACAAGUUGAAAUCUGCACCAGAAGAUGCUAUUUCUUCUGUUAAAUUUGGCCCAAACACAAGUCAGUAUUUACUGGUAAGUUCUUGGGACAGCAGUGUUCGGCUCUAUGAUGUCAAUGCCAACAACCUCAGACACAAAUAUAUGCAUGAUGCACCAGUACUUGAUUGCUGCUUUACUGACACUGCACAUGCAUAUAGUGGGGGAUUAGACAAUACAUUAAAAACAUUUGAUUUUAAUGCUGCCACUGAGACAACAAUAGGUUCACAUGAUAAUGCAAUCCGUUGUGUGGAAUAUUGUAAUGAGGUGAAUGGAAUCUUAACUGGCAGCUGGGAUCAUCACUUGAAGUUGUGGGAUCCCAGAACUCAGGGAUGCAAUGGUAACUACAAUCAAGGAGAUAAAGUAUUCACAAUGAGUGUCUGUGGAGAAAAACUUGUGGUUGGCACUGCGGGUAGGAAGAUUUUGGUCUGGGACAUUCGCAACAUGUCAUACAUUCUGCAGAGGAGGGAAUCUAAUUUGAAAUACCAAACUCGCGUGAUUCGUUGUUUCCCCAAUAAACAAGGGUUUGCGUUGAGUAGUAUUGAAGGAAGAGUUGCUGUCGAGUAUUUGGAUUCGGUGCCGCAGGUACAGAAGAAGAAAUAUGCUUUCAAGUGUCACAGGAUUAAAGUGGAUGGCGUUGAAAAGAUUUACCCCGUUAAUGCUAUAAGCUUUCAUCCGAUUUACAGUACUUUUGCUACGGGAGGAUCCGACGGUUACGUUAAUAUUUGGGACGGCUUCAACAAGAAGCGUCUUUGCCAGUUCCAUCAAUACCACACAUCAAUUACUUCUCUCAACUUUAGUCAUAACGGUUCAAUUUUGGCUAUUGCAUGCUCUUACUUCUUGGAAGAGGAAAACCCACCGAAUCCGCUACCAGAAGACACCAUUUACAUAAGGACAGUGACAGAUCAAGAGACAAAACCGAAAUAUAGUUCGUCUUAAUUAUGUUUUUUUUAUAAAGUAUUUGCAUAUUU